GUCAGUUCCCUUUCUCGCCACCAUGAUUGUUUCAGAUUCCGAUUCGGCUACCCCAUCGUCCAAUUCUCGCCAAGCCGAUCAAUCGGCCUCUGGCCGUAACCCCGGCCGCACUCCGUCACCCCAGCCGUCACCGUCGGCCGUUCCUGGCCACACACGGCGCCGAUUGAGGAAGCAAUUCCCUUCCUCAACUCCGGUGGAUGAAGGGUCGAGGGUUGGAUUGGACGAGAACAUCAUGGCGUUGUGCCAUUGUCAAAUCACUUACCGGGGGUUCGUCGAUGCUACUGACAUGGUUGGCCCCUCCAUUGAGGUCUUGAGACCUACCAGUACUCAAACUGCCCUAGAUGCACCCUCGAGGUUCUUCAUGGUCCAUCUGGCGUCUUUGAAGAAGGGGCUGCGCUUUCCACUCCACCCGUUGUUGGUCGAAUACCUCAACGAGGUGGACCUUCUUCCGUGCCAACUAGUCCCCAAUUCUCACCGGUACAUCGCCGGUUACCUGGUCCGAUGCAAAGCUGUGGGGGUGAAACCGACCUUGGACCACUUCAUAUUCACCUUCAAACUGACCAAGGGCCAUAAAGAUUGGGCGUCCUAUGCCAGCCUUUCCCAGAGAUCCAGGCGCCCUUCCUUCCGCCGCAUCCCAUGCCCCCGACCUGAUGCCACCCUCCUGUCCAUCACUCGCCAACUCUGCAAUAAGGGAGGUAUGAACAUCAAGGAGGUGGUGACAGAGGAAGCCCUUGCCGGGUUGGGGUUUGAGUUUGUUCAGGAUGAGCUUCGCCACCAACCCGGCCUACUGAGGGACACCCCCGGGGGGCAUCAGCCUAACCAGCUGAAGGACGUUCCUGAGGAAGGUCUUGAUUGUGGUCCUUUUGUGGAACUACAAGAUUCAGGUGAAGAGAUAGACAGUGAACUCCUGCUCAGUCGCUUCACUGCAUGGAGGAAGAGGAAGAGAGAGACGAGGGGCCAGGGCAAACGCUCUUCGUCCCACCACGAGGAGGGUCCUUCCCAGGAGCCGGCUGUAAUCGUGGUGGAGGACCGGGAUGAUGCUACCCUGGAAAUGGGUACACUCAACAAUGAGGUCUCUGCUGGAGCCCUUGCUUCAAAUCCAUAUGUGAGCGAGAAAGGAGUUUCACCUGUGGCCUUCCUUGGGGUAGUCCUGUAGGUCCACAAGAUGUAGGGCAAUUCCUCCACCCAGGCACUUUUGCAUUCCAUUAUUUUCUUCUUGAGACCGUCCAUGAUGGUGCGAUUGGUGUUCUCGACCU